AUGUUCUUCAAUACCUUGACCAUACUUGCCGCUUCGGCAUCACUUGCGUCAGCAAAGCCUCUGCUGAGCCGCCAGAAGGGCACCGCCAAUGAGGUCUAUCGUCAAACAUACAACAUCCUAACUGAUGCUAGCUCGCCCCUUAGCCCGUACGGCAUCACGAUGCGCUACCCACACGAUAUAGACAAAGCUGUUGGGCUCGGUAUUGAUAUAGGAAUUGGCACAUCAGGCAUCACGCUGACCAACCCCUUAUCCAAUGGUGGAACUGUCGGUUCCCAGCAGUCGACUCCCAGCCUGCAAGCAGAACAUCCCGUAUUACCAACUAGAACCGGAGUUUGUGGUAGGAAAAGCAUUCCGCGAUCAAGACGUGCCUGAUGGCUGCGUGUGGAUUAAGUUUCUGCCGCAAUGCGCUGAGCUACUCGAGUUGCCGGCGGGAAGCCUAGCCACGCACGAAUUCGCCAACAGGGCAAGGUGUUUUUAACACCCCGCCAACAUUUAUU